UGUUGGUUGCCGUUCGUUCACCGUGUAGAGCUCAGUUGAACAUUGAAAUUCGAACUCUUCGGACGGUAACAAAACAAUAAAUUCCAAAAUAAAUUUUCUAUUUUUUUCGUGCAACCCAAGACAAAUCAAUUGACCAUGUGCAGCUAUCCUUGCUAUCCUUGCGCCGCCUUGUGCCCCUGCGGCGGCAGUGGACCCAGUGGAUUCUACGAUCCCUGCUUUGGACCCUACAAUGGACCAUUUAACUCCUGGUGCGGGGCGAGUGGACCUGGUUUCUGGAGAGGUGGAUGUUGCUAGUACUUGUCGUGAGCUGUAGGAUUGGGCUACUUUCUCACACGGAAAAAUCGGAACUGCUGAACAUCUCUUGCAAAUUUCAAUUGGCAGAAAGGAAAUUAAAUUACCGUCCCACUUGAAGAGAGAAAUGUUUAUUAAAUAAAGUGUUCAAAACAUA